CGUAUGUCAAAAUCUGCUAUCUGCGAAACUGCUGGUGUCAAGUGUCAAAAAAAAAGUUUUACGUCUGCAACAAUAGUAAAUAGUUUUUAAAAGUUUUUCACAAACAAAUAAUAACAACCUGAGGCUUCUGUAAAUAAUAAAAAAUGAAGCAUCAAAUCGUGGAUCCGAAAGCAAGUUCAGCUAAUAAAGGAGAGGCUGAUGAAUCUUUAUUUGAAUAUUUGCAUGCAGAAAUGGUUAAUUACGUCUUAAGCACAUCUGUAAAGAGCGGGGAAAAGGAAAAGGAAGAAGACUUGUCUCGAUUGGAAUCUAUGGGUUUCAGUGUCGGUUAUCGCAUAAUCGAGAGAUUAACAAGGGAAUGGCCUCGCUUCAAAGAUGAACUGGACACGAUAAAGUUUAUCUGCACCGAUUUCUGGACCAGUCUCUACCAAAAACAAAUCGACAAUCUCAGAACCAACCACCAUGGAACCUACAUGCUUCAGGAUAAUUCGUUUCGGUUAUUAGCGAACAUCGGAGGGAGCGGGAGCAAACAAUAUCUCCGAGAAAGUCCUCGUUUGCUAGCUUUUACUUGUGGUCUUCUACGGGGAAGUUUAGCAAAUCUCGGGAUUCCCUGCACCGUCGAUGCAGAGGUUUCCGCUUUGCCUAGUUGUAAAUUCAAUGUCUACGUGCAGAGAAUUUGAUGAUGUUGUUAAAAUCUUCAAUUAAUCAUUCUCCGGGUAAGAAGACUCUUCGUUAUUUAUAAUAUUUCAAAUACGCCAUUCCG